AUGGACCUUAUUUUCGAAACCAAAUUCAUUGAAUUCUACAAUAAAUCUUACAAGAUUUUAUUACAAAAUGAAAAUGGUCCUUGUGCUUUAGUAGCACUGGUCAAUAUUUUUAUUUUAUCUUCUCAUUACACAAGUUAUUGCAAAGAUUUAAUCAAAUUAGUACAUGAUCACAAUUCAAUUCAACUGCAUGACAUCCUAGAGAUUCUGGCUGAUGUUGCAAUUAAAAUAACAACUCAAGAGCAAAAGAGUAAAGUCAACGAUAUUGAUAGUCUUUUAUCAAUCUUACCUGAGUUACACAAGGGGUUAAAUGUAAAUCUAAAAUUUAAUGGAGAAUUCACUACCAGCAAUCAAGGAACUAAUAAACUAUUUGAGAUAUUUGGUGCUCGCUUGGUCCAUGGUUGGAUUAUGGACUCAUCCAACGAAGAUCUCUGCAAUAUUUCCUAUGAAGAAGCUCAAGUUAUGUUAAUGAAAGAUAAUGAUCUGAAAAUGGAACCCAAAGCCAAGAUAAUACAAUCCUUUCUUCAUGAUAAUCCAACCCAGUUAUCUAGUUUUGGCUUAUCAUAUUUAUAUAACACAAUCUCAAAUGAUGAAUUUACUAUCUUAUUCAGAAAUAAUCAUUUCUCUACAUUGUACAAAAAAAAUGAUAUAUUGUAUACUUUAGUGACUGAUAUUGGGUUUAAAAAAUAUAAGAACAUUGUUUGGCAAUCCCUAAUCACCAUCAAUGGCUCUGAUGAUGUAUUCUUUGAUGGAAACUUUAAUGAAUCACCGUUAGAAAUGACUGUCGCCACCAAGGACAAUACUUCUUUCAAUAUAAAUCAUCCUAACGAUAAUAACAAUAACAUCACAGAAGGUGAGGCACAACUGGAGAAAGAUAAAAAAUAUGCCCUAAAAUUACAGGAAAAGGAAGAUGAAAGAGUAGCUAAGGAACUCUCUAAGAAGCAAAGGAGAGCACAAAAUAGAUUACAACUUAAGUCUAAAACUAUGCAAAAUAGUAAAAUAUCACCACAAAGUAAACAGAAAUCUAUUAUCACUCAAGCAGAUAAAACAAGAACUGCAAAGGUUCACAGUAACUGUACCAUAGUCUGA